UAUAAGCUCAACUACAUCACGCUGCUGCUUGCAAAUCCGAAAAGAACAGACUCGGCCCUAGUUUUGAUCUAGCCUUACGCCAAACAACAAACAGGCAAAGCGUUCUUUUCCUGGAGAGGAAACAUCCCGACCUAUCUUUCGCCCAGACACAAACAAACGGACCAUCUUACUUUACUCGGCUUGGCCUAGUCGGGUUGUAAGCUUGCCAAGCCCGGUUUUUUUCCACUUGCUCUUCUCUCACUCUUAUUUAUUUUCCUGCCUUCUUCUAGCGCCCGCUCAACCGGUCCCAUUUCAUCAUACCUUAACGGAGGUUGCACGGUGCUAGCAAAAAGAAAAAAAGAAAAGCAGCGACAGGGCGCGAGUGUGAUUAUUACUUUGUUACUUGGGGCCAGCUUUUCUUAGGCGCAAGCAAACAGCCAAACGCCGUUUCUUGGGGGUGAAGCUGUUACUUCUUUUUUAGCUCGUGUCUAACGCCCUUGCCUAGUCUCGGGUGUGCGCGUCCUGUUUCUCUUGUCUUGUCUCGCAACAAUUCGGCGAAGAGAAAAAAGGGACCUAGAAGCAAAACGCCAUUUAUACGGCUCUGGACCCCCGUCGUUGGGAAGGAUUCUAUCGGCCGGCCUUGCAAUAGUCUGUGUCACUCUGCUGUCUUGGCACAAACGGCCUCUUCGAGAAGACUUAUACUCUGGAGUGUGGACGAGCUGGAAACACAUCCAAAACCACAAACCAGAAUCCGAACAAUUCUCUUCUUUUACUUUUUACUACCUCCUCUUCUUUAACGAAAUGCCAUCCUUUAUUCGAUCCCGAGCCGAGUCGGCCACAUCAUACACCAGCCGAUCGACGACCUGGUCAACAUCCAGCAGCGACGACGACGCCAUAACCCCCGUCACGCAAGAUUCAUUUCUCCCUCCUCCUAUGCCUGCCGCCGCUGUCCCUGCCGCCUCCGAGACUCCAGCACUGGAGCUCCGCCGCCCGGCCUCCGCGGCAGGCUCCAUGGACAGCCGGAGCUCAAGUUCCAGCACGGCCACAUCAUCGUCGUCGUCAUCUUCGCUGUGUCCAGCAGUCGACGCUGCGGACCUCUGGCGACGCAUGCUCGCCGUCCAGCGCAUCUACCACUGUUACAACUCGGCCCGCAUUAGCGCAGCGCUGGACAAUGAAGUGCUGCAGAAGCGCAUUCCGUCAAGAGCAUGCUUGGACCUCCUGAAUGACGGCAUUUCCCAUCUGCCCGAGGACGAGAAGCAGCAGGUGGUUUACUUUAUCGAGCACGGCAAGGUCCAGCAGAGGAAAUCCAGGAGCUUUUGGCGGAGGAGGCUGGUUCGGACACCAUGAGCACAGUGGCCUUUAUUCGCAAUUCUUGCCCCCUUUUUUUCUUUUGGCCUGAGUUUACACUCUACCACCCACUGACUUUAUCACGAAGAGUUUUAGCAUUGGCGCACCGGGAGUUUGCGGAUACCUUUUUUUUCCGAUUUUUAUGAUCUUAUUUUCACUGGAUUUACCUUGUUAGCAUACCCACUGUAGCUAGAUUGAUUAUGAUGCAGCUCGCAGAUGUUUCUUGAAACUUCGGUAUUUUUGCUCAAUUGGCAACAAAACUGAUUGACAGGUAAAUACCCCCAAUAAAAGCUCAUUCAAGCCUCACUGUCUGAAGAUUCUGUGUUUGGUAAAAUUCAAUCGCAAAUUAUUUUU